UGUUCUGUUUUGUGAUAAUAUUUUUUACUGUUUUAUUAAAACUAGUGAAAAUGAAUAAAAUCGGGAUAUUAAAAAACUCAUUUAGUGGUUUUUCGCUGGAUCAAAAACUGCAAAUUAAAGAAUUAGGACGGCCAAUACCCGAUUUAAAAAAUGAGAAACAAAGUGGUAGCGGACAAAAAUCGCGCUGUCGCAAAUUUAAUAAAAAUGUGUACGAUAAAAACAGCUGAAUAUGUGGUUGUGAAGAAACGAAUAAACUAUUUUGUUUUCUAUGUGUUCUAUUUGGAGGUGACGAGACUUGGUCAAAAAAAGGUACAGACGAUCUUAUACAUAUAUGGGAUAAAAUGAAGACCCACGAAAAAUCUAAAGUCCAUAUGAAUAAUGUUUUUAGCUUUUCUAUUCUUGGGACUCAACUCAAUUCGGCUUAUCGCAAUGAUCUAAUUAAACAUAAUAAUCAAGUGGAUAAGAAUCGAUAUGUAUUGAAUAAAAUUAUUAAUUGUAUAAGGUUUUGUGGAGCAUUUGAGUUAGCCUUAAGGGGUCAUGAUGAAAAGGAAAAUUCGGAAAACAGAGGCAUAUUUAAGGAGCUGGUGAAUUUUAGCGCCGAAUUAGACAACGAAUUGAAAGUCGAUAUUCAAAGUGCCAAACUUUUUAAGGGUACCUCAAAAACAACUCAAAACGAGCUUCUUGAGUGCAUGCUAGAUGUUUAUUAUGAAGAAGUUAAGAAGAAGAUUGCAAAUUCUCCUUUUGUUGCAGUAAUUGCCGAUGAAACGACGGACGUAGCCUGUGAAUUUCAUUUAGUUAUUAUUUUCAGAUAUUUGUGUAAAGGACAACCAGUUGAGAGAUUUUGGAGAUUUUACGUCCCCGACGGAUACGAUGCCAAAUCAAUCGCUGCAUGCGUUUUAAAUGUUGUAAAUCCAUUACUAGAUCAAAAUCCAAACAAAUUAAUAGCUCAAAGCUAUGAUGGUGCGUCUGUUAUGAGUGACAAAAACAGGAUUAAAACUGAGUUACAAGUAUUAUAUCAGAGAGAAGAACUGAGUACUACUUCUGGAGCUGUUCCACUAUCCAUUUUAUUGAACGAGGAAGGAUUAAAUUGUACGUUUCAAGAAACUCUUAAACCAGAAUGCGCAGUAAAAUCUGGAGGUGGUGUAGGAGUUUUCACAUUAGACCAAACUGGAGACUUUCUUCCAACUGAUGAGGCAGAUGAAGCUAGCUGCAGUUUUCCAGCGAUAGUUGACAAAGGUGUAUCAUCUUCUGAGUCACUAUAUGAACAUAUCAACACGUUGCUUCUAAUAUUUCCAAAAACAUCAGAGGAGUGGCAAGAAAUAGCUUAUAAUAUUGAAACCAGAUGGAACUUUCCUAAUUGUGGAGGAUCUAUUGAUGGUAAACAUCUGCGAAUUGUUAAACCAGCCAACAGCGGGUCAUAUUUUUUUAACUACAAAGACUAUCACAGUAUAGUUCUCAUGGCCCUUGUUAAUGCUGAUUACGAAUUCAUAUAUGUUAAUGUACAAUAUAAAGUUAUAUAA